AUGCCAGAAGAUGACCGCUACCGAACGUCUUCUCAAUUCCGGCUAUGGUCCUUUACGAAAGAAGGCCUGACUUCCAUCCGAGCUAAGACCAACGCCAAUGCCUGCAAACGUGUCAAGCGUGCGUCUGUCAAUCAGCCAGAUGCGGAGAAAGGCACGGUAGGGCAUAGCGACCUGGACAUUGAUUGUUUAUUGCCGGAAGAAGAACUAGAGUUGGUGCAGUACUACUGCGAGAAAACACUCGAGCUUGCAGAUGAGUACCAACCUCCACUGCCAACAACUGUGAGGGCUACCGCAAUCCAAUAUAUUCGCCGGUUUUACCUUACAAACUCAGCCAUGAUUUACCACCCCAAGGACAUCAUGCCCUGUGCUCUUUUCCUCGCCACCAAAACAGAGAAUUACUAUAUGCCCCUACGUUCAUUCGCGGAGAAAAUCCCCAAAUUAUCUCCCGAAGAAAUCAUUGGACCAGAAUAUCUUCUCAGCGAGGGUUUACGAUAUACCUUUGAUGUUCGUCAUCCGUUCCGCGGCUUAGACGGUGGGAUGAUGGAACUCCACGCUAUAGUGAAUGGGCAAGGCCCUUUAAAACCUAAUGCACGAGAACAAAGCGCUACAGAAUUACAACAGUAUAUUGAAACUAACUAUCCACCACCAGCGGGCUCAGCGGCAAAGUCAAUAGCGGACCGAAUUGGCCUUGUUCAUAACCAAACAAGACAUAUUCUUAAAGCCGCUGCCCAAACAACAGACGCUUACUUUCUUUUUUCACCCCCCCAGAUAUGGCUCUCUGCUCUGCUCCUAAUUGAUAAGCCCCUUUUGGAUUUUUAUUUAGAUACAAAAUUUGGCCCUAAUACCUCCGACCCAGCCGCCCCUGAUAGCUCAAAAGACUCACCACCUGCGGUGGCUUCCAUGCGAAAAGUCCUCUUAGAAACUUUGGCUUCAUGCUCCAUGCUAUUGUCUGACUAUAUGAAAAAGCAUGGCCCCAACGUCCCUCCAGACCCUGCCAGGAUGACAAACCUAAAACGAAUAGGCAAAAAGCUUUACCUGUGCCAGCACCCAGAAAAGCGCUUGGGCUCAAAGAAAAGGGAAGGCUCAGGAAGUGUAACUCCGGCGGCGGUGAUCGGGCCUGUCAGCGAUGCUGACCAGACUGACACGCAUGCCCCGAAGAAAAGAAAGUUACAAGGCAGUACCACCAUCGAAGGCGAUGAAAGUAAUGAUAUGUAA